AUGUUGGUUGGGUUUACACCAUUAUGUCUUCAAAAUUUAACUAUUCCAGAGCAGAUAUUAAUUUUGUCUGAAUAUAUGUAUGUUAAUAUUAUACAACUAAUAAAUAAAAAACAUACACAUCAUAAGCUCAAAGAUCAUAUUGUAACAUUAUCUCAAAAUCUGGGAUCAAUUACAAAAGUAUUACCAUUACCCACUUUUUGUCUCUGUAAGUAUAUAAAAGUCAUGUUUAUCAGUCAAGGAAAACCUAUUGACUAUCAUCUUAAAAAUUUGCUUCAAGUUAGAAAAAGUAAAGUCAUCAAGGCUCUUCAUUGGCUUUUUAUAUACAAUGUUUUGUUUAAAGAACUCGAAUUUAGUAAAACUAUUUUAAAUAGUUUUCUUAAGGAUAAAAUUCCUAAAUCUUUGUUACUAACAACUACAAUUGUUAAUCUAAAUCAAGAAGAAGAUAUAAAAAUUGCGAUUGAACAAGAAAGAAACAGAUUACCUAUAAAAAAUCAAACAAUACUAGAGGUACUUAGAAAUAUUAAUGUUGCUGGUUCUAAGUUAAUGGCAUCACAUCAAUCAUGCUUAUCUGACCUACAUAGUCCUAUAGUCAUAAUGUAUGCUGGAAAAGAAAUUGAUAUUGAUAAACUCUUACCAGAAAACUUUCCAAAAGCUACUAAACAAGCUCAACUUGCUUAUUUAGAUCCUUUAGCAGUAGCAAAAUAUUUUAAUGUCAUUAUUAGAACUACAUUAGAUACUAUUAUAGAGUAUAGUAAAAAAGAGAAUAAUGUGUUUGAAGAUGUUAGUUAUCUUCUUGCUAAAAAUAAAAUAUUAAUUGAUGAGAUGCUUGAGGCUGAAUAUAAAGCUCCCAAAACAAUUCAGGAAAAAUGCAUGCAUCCCUCUUUUUUGCCUAUUCCAAAAUCUAACUUACCAGAUUUUGAAAACAAAUUUCAUUUAGUUUUGCUCGCAAUUGUUAAAUGCAUAUUGUUUUAUUGUUGUAACAAAUUAUGUAUGAAAUAUAAUCGAGAUCUAAUACAUGAUUGUAGAUUUGACUUUUUUAGAGAAUUAGUUAGUUCACCUAAUAAAUCUCAUAAGCUUAUUACAAAAUACUUAAAUAAAAUAGCUAGCCAAACUGAACUUACUAGUCCUCAAGUUGCUGCAUACCUACUAGGAAUUAAUGAUCAUUAUACAUCAUCAACAAUUGCUUCAUAUAAAACAAUUUUGCAAAAUAAAGAUUCUGAUAAUACAAAAAAUGAUUUGAUAAAUUUCAUUAAUUCUACUGAAUCUCAACAUAAUAAUUAUACAAAUGAGAUAAUUAGAGAGCCAAUAGAUCUACUCAAAAAAUUUACAUCUGAGUUAAAUGAAGAACAAAAAAAAGCUUAUUUUCUAGUAUAUGAUUACCAUCAGAAAAAUCAAAAAACCUGUUUUAUUAAAUCAUCACAAUUGUUACUUUUCCUUACCAGUGCAGGUGGUAUCAAAAUUGCAGCUGCAAAUAUAUCUGGCUAUACUAUACACUUGGCUUGUGGAUUUGAAUUUGAAAAGCAUAAAAAAAACAAUUUAUCUAACAAACAAUUACACUAUUUACAAGAAAUUUAG